AUGUUGGUUAAUUUCCUUUCAAAGCGUUGCCACCAUCAAACGUUAGCGUUAAUCGAACAGCAAAAGUCGCACAUUGCCAAGUGCAUCGAUGUGAUCAAGCGACUGCUCACGGAGCGUUGCAGCAUCGAGAAGAAGGAGGCGCGAGUGAGAUCCAUGGAGAAUCGUCUGCGCCUGGGACAGUUUGUGGUACAGCGCAGAGGCAAAACAUUGAACGAACACUGGACAAAUGGUUCUGCAUUCCAGGAGAUCGGUCGACGACGUGAAGCGAUUGUCGCUGAACGUGAAGAGAUCGAACGUCUGAAGGAGUUGCUGUUGCAGCAGCGACAAUCUGAGUUUGAUCGUAACAGCAACAUUUAUCAGCAGUGCACUGAGGAAUAUCAUCAACAGCAGCACGAACAACUGAAUUCCAAUUUGAAUGAGUCCUCGCAAUUGUCUGAGAAGGGGCUUCCAAUCACGACGGUUGGUCCUGGCAGCACAGGAUAUUUUGGCAGCGAUGGCUUCGCCAGCUUUGACAGCGGCAAUCUCUGCAAAGUAGUGAAAUUCGUUAAACCAGAUCGCAAAUCGAAUGAAUAUACAGCACAAGAGUAUUACCAACACGAUGAAAUGCUCAAACUGCGACAGAAUGCACUCAAAAAGGAGGACGCUGAUCUGCAGCGCGAGUUGGAAAGUCUCGUGUGUCAACGUGGUGUCCAUAUUCGCGAAGUCAAGCGCAUUCAAAACGAAGAUCAGUCCAUUUAUAACAAUAAUCCUGUGCUAAAUGAUCGCUAUCUACUCUUAACAUUGCUUGGCAAGGGCGGCUACUCAGAGGUGUACAAAGCAUUCGAUCUCAAGGAGCAACGCUAUGCGGCAUGCAAAAUUCAUCAAUUGAACAACAAUUGGUCGGAGGUUAAGAAAGCUAAUUAUUUCAGACACGCAUUGCGUGAGUACAACAUUCACAUGUCGAUGGAUAGUCCCCUGAUAGUAAAGCUCUACGAUGUGUUUGAGGUCGAUGCCAAUUCAUUUUGCACUGUCAUGGAAUAUUGCGAUGGACCCGAUCUCUCCCAUUAUCUGCAACAGCAUAAAACUAUACCCGAACGUCAGGCUCGCUCAAUAAUAAUGCAGAUUGCCUCUGCUCUGAAGUAUCUAAAUGAGAUUAAGCCACCCGUCAUCCACUACGAUAUUAAACCGGGAAACAUAUUGUUAAGCGAGGGAAAUGUCUGCGGUGCGAUCAAAUUAACCGACUUCGGGCUGUCAAAAGUUAUGGACAUUGAGAACUACGAACCAGAUGACGGCAUGGAUCUAACAUCUCAAGGAGCUGGCACCUUAUGGUAUUUGCCACCCGAAUGUUUUGUUGUUGGCGACGAUCCACCGAAAAUCUGUUCAAAAGUCGAUGUUUGGAGCUUGGGUGUCGUGUUCUAUCAGUGUUUGUACGGCAAGAAGCCAUUCGCACACAAUAUAUCGCCGGCUGUGAUCGUUAAAGAGAAACUCAUACUGAAUGCAUCAGAAGUGCAAUUUCCCAAUGAGCCGAAUGUCUCCAACGAGGCAAAGAAUUUCAUUCGCUGCUGUCUGACGCAUUGCAAGGAGGAUCGCAUGAAUGUGUUUGAGCUGGCUCAGCAUGAAUAUAUUCAGCCACGAGUGACGAAACAGCAACAGCAGAAACUUGAUUUAUCUGCAAAGCAGCAACACAACAGCUAAAGGAAUAGCACAAAAUAUUAUACGAACUUGAACCAGAAUCUUUUAUGAAUAUAUGCGAAUAUUUCUAAAUUAAACAGUGAAAGCAUCAACUAAAGGAAUCGAACACGACAAAAAUAAAUUUUGGUGAAUUUUCAACA